GUGGAAGAGAGAGAGAAAAAAAAAUUAGAAAUUAGAGAAGAGGAAGGUGGUGGUGUUCCUGCUAGACUUGAUUCUUUUCCCUGAAACUCACAAAAACAAAAAAAACAGAAGGGAAAAAAAAAUUCACAUAACACUUUCUUAUAUUUCAGAUCCGAAUCUCUAAUUGCUUUUCCGUUUUGCUUCUUCUUCUUCUUCGCAUCGCCAAUUUGGAUCUCCGUUGCCGGGUCAGGAUUCUCGACCCGAUUGAUCUCGCAUCCGAUUCAUUCAUUCCUCCCUUCCUUCUCCGCAAUUGGAUCCUGAUUGAUCAAUCGCCAUGAAUCCCUUCUCUUCAGGAACCCGCUUGAGGGACAUGAUUCGGGCCAUACGUGCUUCCAAGACUGCAGCUGAAGAACGAGCUGUAGUUAGAAAAGAAUGUGCUGCCAUUCGUGCUGCAAUAAAUGAAAAUGAUCAAGAUUAUAGGCAUCGGAAUUUGGCUAAGCUAAUGUUUAUCCACAUGCUUGGCUACCCCACUCAUUUUGGUCAAAUGGAAUGCCUCAAGUUGAUAGCAUCACCUGGAUUUCCGGAGAAGAGAAUAGGUUACCUUGGCCUCAUGUUGCUACUUGAUGAAAGACAAGAAGUUCUAAUGUUGGUCACCAAUUCUUUAAAACAAGAUCUUAAUCACACAAAUCAGUAUAUAGUGGGACUUGCUCUUUGUGCUUUAGGAAAUAUUUGUUCAGCAGAAAUGGCUCGUGAUCUUGCGCCAGAGGUUGAAAGAUUGCUGCAAUUUCGUGACCCAAAUAUUCGGAAGAAGGCAGCAUUAUGUUCUAUAAGGAUCAUCAAGAAAGUUCCAGACUUGGCAGAAAAUUUUAUCAAUUCCGCUACUGCCUUACUAAGGGAGAAGCAUCAUGGAGUUUUGAUCACUGGGGUUCAGCUUUGUACAGAUCUGUGUAAAAUUAGCCCAGAAGCCCUUGAACAUGUUCGAAAGAAAUGCACAGAUGUUUUGGUCAGAACUCUUAGAGAUCUAGCAAACAGUCCUUAUUCACCAGAAUAUGAUAUUGCUGGCAUCACAGACCCAUUUCUCCAUAUCAGAUUGCUUAAACUUUUGCGAGUGCUGGGCGAAGGUGAUGCUGAUGCUAGCGACUCUAUGAAUGACAUACUUGCCCAGGUGGCUACAAAGACUGAGUCAAAUAAAGUUGCAGGAAACGCCAUUUUAUAUGAAUGUGUUCAAACAAUUAUGAGCAUUGAAGAUAAUGGAGGCUUGCGUGUUCUUGCCAUCAACAGCCUGGGAAGAUUCUUGUCGAACCGUGAUAACAAUAUCAGAUACGUGGCACUAAAUAUGCUGAUGAAGGCUGUAACUGCUGAUGGUCAGGCAGUGCAGAGGCACCGUGCAACAAUUCUGGAGUGUGUAAAGGAUUCAGAUGCUUCUAUUCGGAAAAGAGCACUUGAACUUGUUUACGUUCUGGUAAAUGAAACAAAUGUGAAGCCAUUAGCAAAAGAACUAAUAGAUUAUCUGGAAGUCAGUGAAAAUGAUUUCAGGGGAGACCUUACAGCCAAAAUUUGCUCCAUAGUUUCAAAGUUUUCCCCAGAGAAGAUCUGGUACAUUGAUCAGAUGCUCAAGGUUCUGUCUGAGGCUGGAAAUUAUGUAAAAGAUGAAGUAUGGCAUGCCCUAAUUGUUGUAAUAACAAAUGCUACUGAGCUUCAUGGAUAUACUGUAAGGGCAUUAUACAGAGCAUUUCAGACAUCAGCUGAACAGGAAUCUCUAGUUCGAGUUACAGUGUGGUGCAUUGGAGAGUAUGGUGACUUAUUAGUCAAUAAUGUUGGAAUGCUUGACAUAGAAGAUCCAAUUACGGUGACUGAGUCGGAUGCUGUGGAUGUCUUGGAGAUUGCUAUAAAACGCCAUGAAUCAGAUCUUACCACAAAAGCAAUGGCUUUGGUUGCCCUAUUAAAGCUUUCUUCACGUUUUCCUUCAUGUUCAGAGAGGAUCAAGGAAAUCAUUGUUCAGUUCAAAGGGAACCUCAUGCUUGAAUUGCAGCAGAGAGCUAUAGAAUUCAAUUCAAUUUUAGCAAAGCAUCAGAAUAUUAGGUCUACUCUUGUAGAAAGGAUGCCAGUGUUGGAUGAGGCAACUUUUAUUGGUAGGAAAGCUGGGUCUUUGCCAGGUGCAGCUUCAACUACAACAAUGCCUUCAGUUGGUAUUCCAAAUGGAGAAGCUAAACCUGCAGCUCCACUUAUAGAUCUACUCGAUCUAAGUUCAGACGAUGCUCCAGCACCUAGUUCUUCUGGUGGUGAUCUUCUUCAUGACCUUCUUGGUGUUGAUCUGUCACCAGCUCCUCAACAAUCAGGUGCAGGUCAACCUUCAAAAAGUGGGACAGAUGUUCUUUUGGAUCUAUUGUCCGUUGGAUCACCUGCACAGAGCAGCUCAUCUACAGUUGACAUUUUAACUUCCAAUACAAAUGGCAAAUCUCCAGUUUCACCAUUAGAUGAUAUUUCAUCACUUUCACUUUCUUCAAGAGUAAAUUCAAAUGCUGGAGCUGCUCCUAUGAUGGAUUUAUUGGAUGGUUUUGGUCCCAGCCCAUCCAAAGAAAACAAUGGACCAGUUUAUCCAUCCAUAACUGCAUAUGAGAGUAGCUCCUUGAGGUUGACAUUCAGUUUCUCAAAACAACCAGGAAACCCAGAAACAACAAAUAUCCAGGCUACCUUUACGAAUUUGUCCUCUAAUGUCUAUACAGACUUUGUUUUCCAGGCAGCAGUUCCAAAGUUUCUUCAACUGCACUUAGAUCCAGCUAGUAGCAAUACUUUGCCUGCUGCUGGGAAUGGAUCCGUGACACAAAGUUUGAAAGUCACCAACAGCCAACAUGGAAAGAAAAAUCUUGUCAUGCGCAUAAGGAUAGCUUACAAGUUGAAUGGCAAGGAUACACUGGAAGAAGGCCAAAUCAAUAAUUUCCCUCGCGAAUUAUGAAGCCAGAUGGCCAGGGGAUGUACACAGGUCUUGAUUUUCUUCUCAAGCUUCAUGGUUACUGGUGCAGUUUUUGAGUUUCAUUCCUGCAGAUGACAUCGGCAUGUCAAUGGUUCCAGCAUAUACAGGACCACUUUUUGGCUCAAAAUAUAAAGUUUUCUUGGUGGUUUCAUAUCCUUGCUGUAUCCCUUUUUUUUUCUUCCGAGGAAAAAAAGAUAGGUGGUUUUUGUACAUUAGUACAGAAUUCUUGCGUGAAAAUGAAUGUUCCAAAUCAAAUUUUGCCUGUGAAGGCACAGAGAGUUGUGUCAUGUCGAGAACUUGAGGUAUUUUGCUUUUUUACUUUUUCUUUUUUUCUUUUUUUGUUUGUUUGUUUUGGAGGUAGUCUCUCGCGGUCUUGCUGUCUAAAUAGUGUUGUUGAAUGCAACUUGGUAAUUAGAUGAUUGGUAUAUUAUAUUUGAUUUUAUGUAACAUUUUUCACUGAAUAUCAAUGAAAUGUAAUAUUUA